AUGGCCAAGAAGAUAGAUGUUCAGUUCAGAAAAGAUCUGGAGGAUCUGGGAGUUGACGCCGAUAUCAUGGGUGAUAUUAUGGACAUACAUAACACACAUCCAAAUCUUGUGCCCUAUGAAUGCAAAAGGCAGUAUAACAUCAAGAAAAAUGAAGAGAAGCUACGAUCUCUAAAUCUUAUGGAUAUUAAACCUGAAAUGAGAUCCAAAACCUCUCAAUCACAGAAACGGAAGACUUGGACACCAAAGCCAAAAUUCACAACUCCCCUGGAACCAGCCAGGAAAUCUGCAAGAAUUGCUGGAAUAAAGCCAAUUCACUAUAAUACCUCGGAGUACCUGGUUGAGGUACCUCUGCGGUCUCAAAGAUCUGAAAGACCGAGGGCCCCAUCUAGGCCUAAGCUUGCAUUUAACGAUAUUGUUGACGUCAAAUCAGACUCCGCUGGUCCGAUCUUAGAUGUGCUAAAGAAAACAGUAGACAAAAAUCUCCUCGUAACCCCUCCAAAACUCAAAUCUGAAGACUCCACUAUUUUAGAAGACAUCAGAAAUCUACACCUCGACCAAAGUCAUAUCGCAAAAUUGUGUAAAGUUCGGCUAUCCUCGAUGGCAAUUCAUCCUGGACAUAAACUGAUAGUGGCAGGUGGCAGUAAACAAGGUGAGGUAGGUUUGUUUAUGCCUGGAGAAAAGAAGGUUACAAUUCGACUAGAACCUCACACUGACUUAGUUGGAGGUUGCCAGUUUUCUUGGAACAAGUUAUUUACAUCCUCGUAUGAUUCUUCCAUUCGGAUGUUCGAUUCUGAAACACUACAGUACGACCAGCUGUAUUCAGACCCAGAGGUGUGGUUCAGGUCGUUAAAUGUAUAUAACGAAAACGAGGUGUUGGUUGCUGGAACAAAUGGACAGGUUUUAAAGGUGGAUGUGAGAGAGAACAGUAAGGUUUGUGAGUAUCCUGCUAAACCGGACUUCAGUAAAUAUGGGUCAUUGUGGGCACUGGAUCAUAGCAAAUACGACACAAACUACUUUUUAUCUACCUCAAACAAUGCAACAAUUGCAGCCUGGGACCAUAGAAAUACCAAACAUCCAGUAGAUAUGAACACAAGUCAUUCUAAAACAGUGAGCAGUGCUAUUUUCGAUCCUAUCAGGGGUAAAAGAAUUGUGUCAGUUGGCUAUGACGAUAAAGUGUGCAUACUAGACUUUAGCGAUAAGGCUAAAUUAUCAGAAGUUAAGAAAUUCUCUCAUUGUAAUAACACAGGUCGCUGGCUCACCAAGUUCCAAGCGAGAUGGCAUCCAUCAAGUGAUGAACUGUUUGUUAUUGGCUCCAUGGCUCAGCCGCGUCGUGUUGAAAUCUAUAAUAUGCAAGGGAAAAUGGAGUGCACUCUCUCCAGUGAGAAUAUUGGCUCAAUUCAGUCGCUUGUACAGUUUCAUCAUUCACAGAACGCUCUUGUUUGUGGUAAUGGGAGCGGAUAUUGUUAUAUUUUUCAUAACGAUUGAUAUUCUCAUUUUCUGGAGGGCAUUUCCUAAAAGUCAUUUGCUACGAUUUUAUAAGUCGCAUUGACAUUACAGAGCACACAAAAUAAACCAGAGCUCGUGUUAUAACUUAUUAUAACUUGAUAACAAACUAAUUAAUUUCUUCGAUUUUAACGGUUUUUGUUUGUUUUGUUCAAUGACCCUGCUAAUGUGAAGGUUUUUAACUCUCUUUUUAAACUUUAAAUUCAUCUUUUGAUCAAAUAAAAGAUCGAAUGUAUUUUAUUAACUUAUAAAUUUUUACCAGAUUCUAUCAUGUUUUUCAAUUCCUGACCCUUUAAUGUAAUAUAUUCUAUCAUAUUCUGUAAUCUGUAUGUUAGUUAAAUUAACUACAUGACAAAUUUGUAAUUUAUUUCAAUUGUAACCUUUUCGAUACUCAAUGCCAGUUGCAGAGUUUUAAUACAAUUUUGAUAAUUGAUUUUAGUAGCAGCAGGACUAUUUAUUCCCCUAACACCAUGCCAAGAGGUCGUUCACAUAUUAUCAGUGAUCGACCGAGUCCUCGGCCUCGGUUUACCGAGGAAUGACGAUUUUUCCUCGGCCUCGAUCAGAAGAAUGAUUCCUCGGUUUGCCUCGGCUUCGGUUAAAUUACAAUAUGCCUUCCUCGGUCUCGGUCGCAAAUCCUGCCCUCGGUCGAUCUGCGAUCACUGCAUAUUACGUUAUCUGCCGAGAGGGGUUUUCUACAGUAGAGGUAUUAACUUAUUAUCCCAACUAUUGUAUAGAACCGCAGGUUCAUUUAAAAUAAAUAAUGAGAGAUAUGACGAUGAAGAGUUUUAAAUAAGAGUGAUAUUGUAGAAAUUCAUAGAAAACAGCCACAUUUGGUGCCCCUUCAGAGAUUCUUCCUCUUGAUGAUUAGAAGCUUCCCAGGAUUGGUAUAGCCAAGAAGAGAAUAUCUGGAAUCUGGGAGUUGAUGCUGAUAUCAUGGUUGAUAUUAUGAAGAUACAUCACAAAAAUUGAGAUCUUAUGCCCUAUGCUAUGAAUGCAGAAAAUAUAAUAUCAAGGUAAGCCAAAGAGAAGCUAUGAUCUCUAAAUCUUAUGGACAUUAGACCUGACAUGAAAUGACAUCCAAAAACUCUCAAUCGCAGAAAUGGACUAAAAGGCUAUAACAUGCGAAUCCUCUGGAAUCAGCUAGGAAAUCUGCAAGAAUUGCUGGGAUUAAGCCAAUUUAGUGUUAUCAUUAAUCAAAGACAGAGGCCAUCUAGGGCUUUUGACGUUUAAUCAGACUCUGCUGGUAUAAUUUGAGAUCUCUUAAAGAAACUGUAGACAAAUAUCUACUUUAUAGUUCCCAAAACUCAGUUCAAAUUUGUGUUAUCGAUUUUGGUUGUUUUUUAAAUUAACCUCGUGUUAAUAAAAUCAUGAAUAACUUCUUAUUAUAUCGAAAUUAGCAACAUAUUCUAGGUCAAAUCUUGAAAACACAGGCAUUCAAGUAUUUGCACUAACUAACGCUUUGUUCUUUCGAUAUGUUUUAUUUGAUUUUGAGGAUUUUAUAUAUAAUGUGACUGCUUAUUUCCAUUCAAUUAAUUGAUUAAUACAAAACGAACCAGGUAAUGAGUUCCCCUAAGAAAAGAAUAAAACCAGCUUCAGCAGUGGAGAUUCUCCCUCCUAGGAAAUCAUCACGAAUAUCUGUAAUGGAGCCGGUUCUUUACAAAGAUGAAAAAGUUGAUUUGUUGUUGUUUACAGAGCCCCAGAAAAGACUAACAUUAAAAGAAAAGGAAGAGAAUAAGUUCCGAGAGGAGUUGACCAGUCUGGGUGUAGAGGAGGAUCUUCUCAAGGAUGUUAUGAAGAUACACAGAAAAACACCUGAUCUGGCGCCUUAUGAAUGCAAGAGACUCUUCAACAUCAAGAGAAAUGAUGGGAUACUAAAGAAUCUUGACCUUAAAGCAAUCAAAUCAGAGAUGAAGGAAUCAAAGCCCAAACGCAAAUAUGCUAAAAAGGAUAAAAGUAUUCAGAAACCAGAAGAAACACUUCCUGCAAAGAAAUCUUCACGUAUUUCUAAACAGGAGCCCGUUAAGUAUAACCCUGAUUCAGGAUCUGAGCCUGAUGAUGAUGAUGCAGAUGAUAUGGUCCCUUAUGUUAAACGUUGAUCAGCAGAGUUCAUCUUUAUUUUAAUCAAAGUUCAAAAAGAAGAAAACUGCUGACAGUGAAUAGUGAUCACCGUGUUACCAAGAAAUCGCUCAGAGUUUAUUUUGAUCCUGGAAUUUAGAUGAGAACCAACUACUUUAUUAUUCAUGCAGCAAUUUAACCGACUUCCGUUUUUGCAUAACUUUCUGAGAUCUAUAUUUGUUUGUCGAGAAGUUGAACGUUUUAAGAAUCUUUAAAUUUCUGCUGAAAUAAAGCCAAACUCUGUUAGAGAGAUUGUAGUAAUACGAUCGUUAGUAGUUGCAGGUAACUGAUAGUGAUUGGUUAUAUAUCACCUUGUUUGUUGUUAAUUCUUGACUCUAUUAUCUAUUGAAUUUUAUUUUGAAACAUUUGCAUACUGAAUUAAGUUUGUUAAUUGAAUUGCUUAUUAAAUUUGUUAAUUUGUUUGUCGACAGGAUUUAUUUCUAUUAAUAGAAGUUGUAUUCGACAAUAUAUAACAACUUUUACAUAUUAAA